AUGAAGAUGCACCGUGGCAUAUUGCUCGUGAUCACACUCUUGGCCCUGAUCAAGACCGCGGUUUCCUACCGUUAUCCGAUAGAGCAGUGCCGUGACGUGUUCGAGAGUUUCAUGCCGUGCAUGGGAUUCGUCGAGGGAAUAUUCCAGGAACCUUCUCCUGAAUGCUGCAGAGGCGUGACUCGCUUGAACAACAUCGUCAAGUUCACGUCUCCAGUUACUAUACUCUUUCUUGAUCUUUCGGCUUCGGUUUCUUCUCACCAUUGA